UCACCUCCUCCGAAAACCGUCUCCCAAAAGUUGGUUCUUUAUUCUAUGGUCUCCCAGUCGGUGUGUUGGUUUCGGUGAGGCGAGUUUAGCCGUGGGCGUGUCCGCUCCGAUGGACGAAGCUUCGACUUCGUCUUCUCCGUCGAUCGGUGCGCGCGGCUUUGGACGUCCACGCAAGUACGCGAACGAGGCCGAGGCGCGUGAUGCGAGAAAUGCUGCCAGAAGGGCUCGUCGACGAAAGGCUGCAGCUGCUCUGCUGAAGGCGCCGUUGUCUCCGAAUUCCCGUCGUGCUCAGCGUUCGGCCGCUAUGAAAGAGAAGCGCCAAAACAAUCCCGACUUGAGAAGGCGUGAAGCCGACCUGAAGAAACAGAAGCGGUCCUCGGAUCCCGAAUUAAGGCGACGUGAGGCCGAGCUGAGGAAACGCAAGCGUAAGGAGGAGGCAUCGGCCAAGAGGGAACGUCGCCGUCUAAAGUUGACAGGAGCCAACAACCGCUUGAAGAAAGCGUUUAUGGACAAACUCUUCGGAAGUGUGUGCAGUGUCUGUGACAGAUUGUGCUUCGCGAACGACUUGAGUGCCGCGAAGGAAUCUGCGUGCGCCUUGCUUGGACAACACUUCCUGGACAGAGACGUGACCGCCGUCCAAUGUUGUUCAGGCAUGGGAUGUACGCCUGCUGUCUCGAUGGGUCACUGCGGGGUCGAGAUGGUUAGCAAGGCAACGACCACAGCCAAACUGAAGGUUGACGCUACAACCCAGUGCGCAGUGCUCAGGAUACCAAAGUCCACCAUGGCAUCCAGAGUAAAGCUCACGAGCACAACGGGCAUGCAAACAGAACGCAUCACGGAGGAAGUGGGAGUCGCUGCGCAGACGGAGCUAACCUCGGUGGGCCUCCAAGCUUUGGAAACGCAGUGUCUCGCGCUCAACGAGGCCCUUUACACUGCCCGCAGCGAAAACGAGCAGCUGCAGCUGUCAAAAGCAGCAUUUCAAGGAUGUGAGGCAAAAGUAAUUUUUUACACAGGAAUGCCGAACUUCACACAGUUAAACAGCUUGUUUGAAGUUCUUGAAUCCCAUGUGUCGCACAAUGUAAAUAAUUCAUUGUCAAAGUUUCAAGAGUUCAUUUUGUUUUUGAUGAAGUUGAAGCUGAAUCUGCACAAUGUUGACUUGGGCUUCAGAUUUGGGGUGUCUGAAGCUACAGUGUGUAGAAUAUUUGAUAAGUGGCUGCACUGUGCAUACUGUCGACUUAAGACCCAAAUUGUGUGGCCAGAUCGAACAGCACUGCGUCGUACAAUGCCACAAGCGUUUUACGAUGCAUUUGGUGAUGAUGUGUCAGUCAUCAUCGAUUGUUUUGAACUAAAGAUAGAGCGGCCAUCGUCAUUCCUGCCAAGAAGUGAAACUUGGUCCCAGUAUAAAGGCAGCAAUACGGCCAAGUUCUUAAUCGGCAUUGCUCCUACAGGUGUUGUCACCUUUAUAUCUGAGGGCUGGGGAGGGAGGACUACCGACAGACACAUCACUGAGCACUGUGGUCUGUUGGACUACUUGCUGCCUGGUGAUGUGGUGCUUGCUGAUCGAGGAUUUAACAUAUCAGAAAGUGUUGGAUUUUACUGCGCAAGGCUCCACAUUCCAGCUUUUACCAGAGGUAAAAAACAGCUUUCAGCUGAAGAGGUAGAAAGCACAAGAAAGUUAGCCAAUGUGCGCAUCCAUGUUGAGAGGGUUAUUGGCCUAAUCAGAAAUAAAUUUGCCAUUCUGAAGUCUACAUUGCCCAUUGACUAUGUUACCUGCCGACCUGGAGACGAAUUAGCACCAAUAGAUAAAAUUGUCACGGUGUGCUGCGCCCUUUCGAAUCUUUGUCCUUCUAUAGUUGCAGAAUUAAAGGACGCUAAUGAGAGUCCUUAAAGGUUUUUACCACAGUGCAUGCAUGCUAUCAGAGCCGUAGUGUUUCGUAUUGUACACUAGCGAGAAUACUGGCACUGCCGCCACCGAGAAAUGAGCAAUGGCAGCUGAACCACCAUGAGAAUUGUGGGUAGCAGAUAAGCUUGCUGUUCUUCUGGCUGUAAACGUUGCUGCGGCUUUGUAAAUUGGUUCUUAGAAAGCAAAUAUGUGUUUGUAUUCAUUACAGGAAGCAAGAAUAUGUCAACAACAAAUCAAAGCAUCAUACCAAAAAGUAAAAUGAAAGCAAAAAAAUUUAGAAACAUGUAUUGCAGGGCAAGGGUUGUCAUCAGUACAUUUUUUGGGAGUAUUUUUUGGGGGAACAAUUGGCACUCCUGUGUUGACUCACCUUGUGCGAAGGCUGCUUCAUUCCUCUUUGUUUUGUAAUUUUUGUCAUGCACUGUGCCAUAGCUCCAUAUAGCUGCUGGUCUUCUGUAGCCUUCUAUGCAAUGACAUGUUUCUUGCUUUUGCUAGAGGUUGCAGCGGAACAAGUAUAACAAAUAGCAUUGCUUGCAUACCUUUUCCUGUGUAAUAAACUGGGCAACUCUAGAUUUUAUUUUGGUUUUACUGUUGCUGCUUAUAGCUGACUUAUAGCUAUGGCUGAAUAGUAUAUCACACCAGGCAAAUAUGCAAGAACAUUGUCUCACAUCCCACAGGGCUCCAUCUUGGUUCCGCUAUUAUUUUUAAUUUAUAUUAAUGAUAUUUUUGCCGGAAUUUCAUCUUCUAUGCGGUUGUUUGCGGAUGACUGUUGUGUACAAAAAUUCAGAACGACUUGUCACUUAUUCAUGACUGGUGUACUAAAUGGAAAAUGAAUUUGAACAUAGCACAGUGUGUACAUCUCUUUUACUAAAAAGAAGAAACCAGUCAAGGUACCAUCUGAACAAUGUACUGUUCAAGCAAGGUGGUACGUAUAAGUAUCUAGGUGUGCUACUGUCAUCUGAAUGCUCGUGAAAACCUCAGGUAGACAUUAUCAUAGCCAAAGAUGGUAAAGCUUCGAAUUUCAUUCAACGAAAGCUGUGAUGUUCGCAUGCGAAUUUAAACGUACGGCAUAUACUACUUGUAACCUUCAUUGCUGCUCUAGAACAAAUACAAAACCUUGCUGCCAGGUUCAUCUUGGGGUGGUACGGAAAGAGAGCUGCACUGCAAUGAAGGCUGAGCUAGGAUGGGAAUCUCUGGCCGCUGCAAUAAACUGAGAUUAAAAUUUUUAUAUUCGAUUGACUAUAAUAAAACUGGAAUUAAUAGGGAAAUUUACCUACGGAAACCUCAUUACAUUUCAAAGCCUACUAAUCAUAGUUGCAAAAUCCUGGAGUACCCUGCCAAUACGAACAUGUGUGCCAACUCAUUUUUUGUUCGAACAAUUAAACAGUGGAAUAAACUGACUGAAAAACAAGUGCAUUGUCUGAACGAAGAUGUAUUUUAUUCCAUGCUGUAACUACCCCUGCUGUAACGCCUUUGGGCGCUGCGGGGUAAUUGAUGAAUAAAUAAAAAAGAAAUUGUGCUUUGUUCUGUAGUGUCACGUUUUCCA